ACAGUGGUAGUGGAAGUACUGAACCAAGUUGCUGCUCGCUGGUGCCAACGCCCGGCGAAAUAGACAGCUAACGUUAAAGAGCAGAAAUACGGAGGGACACUGCUGACGUUCCAGCUGAAUCAGAAAGCACAGAGAUGCAGACUAUCAAAUGUGUGGUGGUGGGUGAUGGAGCAGUAGGAAAAACCUGCCUAUUGAUUUCAUACACCACCAACAAAUUCCCCUCUGAGUAUGUACCAACAGUGUUUGACAACUAUGCAGUAACUGUAAUGAUCGGGGGUGAACCCUACACCCUUGGCUUAUUUGAUACAGCAGGUCAGGAGGAUUAUGACAGGUUACGACCACUAAGCUACCCACAGACAGAUGUCUUCUUAGUCUGUUUCUCAGUUGUUUCACCUUCCUCGUUUGAGAAUGUUAAAGAAAAGUGGGUUCCUGAAAUAACUCACCACUGUCCCAAGACCCCGUUCCUGUUGGUAGGCACUCAGAUCGACCUGCGUGAUGACCCCUCCACAGUGGAGAAGUUAGCCAAGAAUAAACAGAAGCCAAUCACCCCGGAGACAGCAGAAAAGCUGGCUCGUGACCUUAAGGCAGUCAAAUAUGUUGAGUGCUCAGCCCUAACACAGAAAGGAUUAAAGAAUGUGUUUGAUGAGGCAAUACUGGCUGCCCUGGAGCCUCCUGAACCUAAGAAAAGACGUAAAUGUGUUCUGCUCUAAGUUUCAUCGCAGCCUCCUCCACACCAGUUCCCAAAUCUAGGUUAACAGUACAGUAAGAGGUUUCCUGCACAAGCACAUUCCAACAUGAGUUGAGAUAUCAUGAAAUAUUUGCCUUCUGACUGACUUAACCUAAAUACAUAGCCAAUGUGCUGAACAUGAUUUUAAGAUUGAGUAACAUUUGAUGCUGUUUGUGAUGAUUUGAUACCAUUGAAAUGGUCUUACAUGAUGUCAACACUGAAUACUUAAAAGUGUAUCAGCAAACUGUGGGCAACAUCAUUAGAUAAUAUUUCAGUUUUACCACAUGUUAAGUUUAUUUUUCAGAAGAGCUACUCUGAAAGAACUGACUAUGGAAUGGUAUUUUAGUGGAUCUAACUGUUGUAUCGAGUGCCCUGUAAAACGCAAACAAGCUUAUAAUGAUUGGUUAGUGAGAUGCUGAAAUUCUGUAUUAGAGCGACCCAUAUCUGUUUCUUGCUUUUCAAGUAAUUUCCUUAAAGUUAAUCAUUUAUACUGUAUGUUCAACCCUGGCACACAAGACUGCCUUUGGUCGACACUGCGUUUUUCCUCCAUCACUGAUGAAGUAUAUAGCAAUACAGAUCCAGCUUAAGUCAUAGAACUCAGAUGUUUUGUUUUCCAGGCAUUUUUAAGAAUUGACACAACUUUCAAAGGGUUAGUAGGAGCCCCUAUGUUUCACUCUGUCAGUGUCAACAUAGUCUCCUAGAAGAUCUAAGAACUAUCUGACGUAAUAUGACAUUUCUAGGCUAUGCUCCAUUGUAGUUCUAGUUUGCUUAAAGAACACUUGAUAAAUUGACGCCUGACAAAGCAGAGAUCCACAGAGCCUGACAGGCAAGUAGGAAAUACAUGGAGCUUGAGUUUUAAAUACAGUGUGAACAUUCCAUUGGAAGUCAUCUAUCACAAACAGUAACUGUCAUUUUAAGUAACGACAUGCACAGACUUUGAGCACAAUGAUUUCCCUGUCAUUUCCUUUUUGUAAGAUAUGAGUUAACAAGAAGGUGAUGUAUGCCCUUAACACUUAAAAGUUGCAAUACCAGAACUUUGUCUGAGCUUUUCAGUUUAUAACCCCAGGCUAAUUUCUUAUUUUGUAAACUGAACAUGCUGCUACUCUGCAGCAUCAUUAAGUCAAAUAGCACCACAUUGUGACAGUUCUUAUAAAAUGCUAUACAUAGUUUGAGAUCCUGUGAAGAUUGUGAAGAUGACUGAACUACAACUAUUUGCAUUUGUCUUUUACUCUAUCCAUGCCUAGAUGGUGGGCUUGAAUUUGAUUUGUAAAUAUAGUGAGAAUAUACUUAUUGACUGAAUAAAAUGUGUGCAUUAUUGAUACUGAGAUUUAAAAAAGCUUACAUGACACAGAUUAAAUUAACCAGGAAAAUAAGUUUCUUGGACCACGAUUAUUCAAUUUGGCAUCAAAGUUGUACUGUAUCUUGCUUGUGAUAAAGCAUCACAAUAAACCAGUAUUACCAGUAUUAUGAAUAAACCUAACUUCAAAUACUA